CGGCCUGCGGAAUCACAAUCGCGAAGUAUGCAUCUCAUUAACAUGGAUAAUUCAACCACCUGCAUGGCCAGCUCGAAGGCAGAGUAUAAAUGCGGGUCCCACCCAUUGGCCCCAUAAAUACCCAGCUCCGUUGGCGGGUCGUGCACAUAGAUCCCGACAUGGCUUCGAGUGCACGGCUCGCGUUGUGCCUUCAGGUCUCCUUCGUCUUGGCUGCCGCAUUUAAAAACGAUGGAAAAAUCGUGAAUGGAACCACCGCGGCGCCCGGCGAGUUUCCCUUUGUGGUCUCCCUGCGUCGUUCGAAGAGUGGCAACCACUCCUGCGGCGCCACACUGCUCAACUCCUACUGGGUACUCACAGCCGCCCACUGCGUCCGAGGAUCUAAGCCAGAGCAGGUGGAUGUGCAGUACGGCAGCCAGCGGCUGGUGCGCAACACCACCCAGCUGGUGAAAGUAGCUGCCAUCCACGUGCAUCCUGGCUACGAUCCCCAGAACAAGUAUGUCCACGACAUAGCUCUUCUUCAGCUAAAGGAUUACGUUUCCAUGAACAAGCGGGCCCAACCGGUGCGUCUCCCCGAGCCUCGUCAGCAAACACCUGGAAAUGCUAGUGCUGUUCUUGCGGGAUGGGGUCUAAAUGCGACUGGCGGCGUGGUGCAGCGAAAUUUGCAGAAGGUCAACCUCCAAGUCUUUAGCGACCAGGAGUGCAGUGAGCGUCAUCAGGAGCAGCUGCAUUCCAGUCAGAUCUGCGCCGGUGUGCCCGAGGGCGGAAAGGGCCAGUGCAGUGGCGACUCCGGAGGACCCUUGCUGCUAACCAGCUCGGACACCCAAAUUGGAAUCGUAUCCUGGAGCAUUAAACCGUGCGCACGACCACCGUUUCCCGGAGUAUUCACGGAGGUGUCGGAAUACGUCGAUUGGAUUGUGACUACCGUGGGCAGCUCAUCCACCCCGUCGUCGCUAUGGGUCGGGCAACUUGUAGUGGGACGCUCGCCACCAGCCCUCACCUAGGCCUAGGAAUGACACUUCGUACACCCCACAAUUAAAUACCUCUGCAUACAAUAUA